AUGGAGAUGGAGAAAAGAGAACGAGAAAUCAUAUCUAGGGAUCGGUUUACCACACCACCCCCCUUCUCAGUUCCAACCACACCCUCCAGUACCACGAUAAAUCUUCAACAUAUGAUCUAUAGACCACAAUCAACCACCAAAAGCAAUCAACGACCACCGUCUCCGGUAAUGGCAAUUUUCAAAACCUGUCGGAGGUUGGUGAUGGCAGAGACGAUAGGGGCUAAAGGAAAAGAAAAAAAAAAACUAUUUCUACCCACCCCUUCCCUUUUCCCAAUUUUCUUUCCCUCUUUCUCACCCACCUCCGACAACCAACAACUCCUACUCUCAGCUCAGCUCCUCAUCAUCCUCCUCCCUUUUCCGGUGAGGUUAAGAAUAACUCCUUUUUCUCUUACUCUAUUUUCUGGUCGCCAAAGAAGAGAACUAGUGAUAUCAUUAGCAUCUACCACCUACCCGCUAUUCUCUUUCAACCUCUCUUCUUUGCUUCUUGUUCAUAAACUAAUACUGACGGUGACAACACCACCUCCCCUACCCCUGAUUCAAGGGUCGUCACCAAUUGCUGAUGAACCUAAGGAUCCAUCAACACCGAACCUAACAUCAACAUAUAUGGUAGAAGGAGAUAUCACACCUACAACACCAGAUCUUAAAAUGCGAGAUGAUGAAAUUGAUUCCAAGAAAUCGAUAGGAUGGAUUGGGAAGUUACAUCAAUGGGAAAUCGAUUGGGUUUAG